CGGCGUCCUUCCCCCUUUAUCACUCAGACCCCAGCUCCACCAUUGGUCGAUUCGAACGUCUCCCAACCAAUCGACACGAGUCGGAGCUGCCGAGCGGUACGCGUACUCCGGCCGACCGAGCAAUGUCGGACCCCUCUGAGGACCAAUUGGAGUUGCCGCGCUUCCCGCGGUGCGGCCGUGGCGAACCUUUCUGGCACUUUGCGAGUAGACGCGCUCGGUGGGACUCGUCGCUCCGCUCCUCGCUUCGCCGGAGACCAGACCAUGGAGAAGAGAAUCGAGUUGGAAAAGCGUGGAAGAACGCCCUCGCAGAUCAAAGAAUUAAAUCUUGAUAAUUGUCGAAGUACGACAAUAAUGGGAUUAACUGACGAAUACACCGCUCUCGAAACAUUGAGUCUCAUUAAUGUUGGACUCACCAGUCUUAAAGGAUUUCCAAAACUUCCGAAUUUGAAGAAGCUGGAACUUAGCGACAAUAGGAUUUCCGGAGGAUUAAAUUUACUGAACGGAAGCCCAAAAUUAACGCAUCUCAAUCUCAGUGGCAAUAAGAUAAAAGAUCUCGAAACUUUGGAACCAUUAAAAGAAUUCAAGAAUAUAAAAAAUUUAGAUCUUUUCAAUUGCGAAGUUACAAAUAUAGAAAGCUACAGAGAGAAAGUGUUCAACCUCAUCCCCAGUUUGAAGUAUCUAGACGGUUACGACAGAGAAGACAAAGAAGCCGAAGAUUCCGAAGCAGAUGAAGAAGACGGAAAUGACGUCGAUGGAGUCGUAGUGAGUGGAGACGACGAUGAGGAAGACGGAGAAGAUGAUGAGGACGAGGACGAAGACGACGUUAACGUAGACGAAGAAGAAGAGGGAGAGGACGACGAAGAGGAUGAAGAUGGAGAACUUAGCUUAUCCUAUUUGGAAAAUGAUAAUAUUGAUGAGGAAAGCGAAGGUGACGACUAUAAUCCAGAGGGUGGUGAAGAGGAGGAAGAAGACGAGGACGACGACGAAGACGGAGAAGAAAAUGACGAAGUACAAAGAGGUCAGAAACGAAAAAGGGAUCGCGAAGAAGAAGAUUGAAAUCAUCGGCCGACAUUUCAUCCCCAUUUGUAGAAACGACAUGUACAGAAGUUUGCCAGACUCGUUUAGAGUACACUCUGGGUCAUUUAGGUGAUUUGCCGCCUCGAGUACAGUUAUACCCGACGGUAGUCUGUUCUCUAAUUUGAAUCUGACGGAUUUUACACGUACACUCGAUACGAGACUCCGAUGUUUUGCAUACAAACUGUACAGUCGGAAUUUCUGAUUCAUUUGUCCAUCACAUCAGUGUUUUUGUUUUCAUUUUAAAGCCGGUCGAAAAUCAUACAUCGUGGUUUUACAUUAUUUUUAAAAUCAUCCUUUUUCUAUCAUCGUACAUCCGACUCCGAUACAUUCGAUUGUAUAUUGAAUUUAAAAAUUUGAUUACGGAAAAAUUCGUAAUAAUUGUAUUGCUCUAUACUUCUUAAUUGUAAUAAUAAAUCAUUUCGUAUUAAAAUAGUGAAGCGUUUCGUUCCGUGUAAAUGUACAAAAUUCAGUUGCGUUACGUAAUUAUUUCUGCAAUUAAACUGUAUUUCUCACGAUCGAAGUUACGUUGUCGUAUAUAUAUAUAUAUACAAACAUACACACACAUAAAUAUAUAUAUAUAUAUCAGUUUGAGAUUGUGACAGAUCUUUGUAAUUUAAAUCAUCUAGUGUCGUCGACAUACUCUGUGCGGCUCUCGAAACUUCCCUGUACUUUGUUCCGUUGAAUAAAACUUUUAAUUCGAACAAAAAA